GAUUUUGGUGGAAAAUUUAUUACAAGAGAAAUAAAGACAACCUUGGGAAUCUGAAAGAGUUGAAAAAACUAGUAAUUUUCAAUCGUGCUAUUUACAGUGACUUGUCUGAAUCAAUGUAAGCAUUAAAAAAACUUUCUACCUUCCUUUUUUCCUCUCCUAACCGCCUCUCAAAGAAAGAAAUGAAGAGUAACAUGAACACCAGUCGCAGAUCAUCAGCUCGAAUCACGUCAGCAGCAACUCAACGCCAGCAAAAACCAGAGCCAGAACCGGGGGUGAAGAAGUUCAUCAAGAUGAUUCUCCUCUCAACAAUCAAAGAAAAAAUGAUGAAGAUUCCAGCAAGAUUUGUGAGAUUAGGUCCUAAACUCACUGACACAGUGACUAUCCAAACUCCUGUUGGUUUCAAGCGUUCGAUUCGUAUCAAACGAACCGGUGAUCAGGUUUGGUUCGAAAAGGGUUGGAACGAGUUUGCAGAGGCUCAUUCUAUAAGUCAAGGUCAUUUUCUAUACUUUUGUUACGAAGGGAACUCAAGUUUUCGUGUUAUGAUCUUUGAUGUCUCUGCUUCUGAGAUUGAUUAUCCAAUGGACAAAGUUCAUUGCAUUGAGAGUGAUGAUGAGGUGAUGGAAGUUAUGGACACUGAUGAUGAAGAAGGGUUUACUAGGGUUGACAGUAGUGAUAAUGAUUCCAGUGAUGAAGAAGCGAUUGACUUGGAAAAAUUGUUGAAGAAGAAACUAAGAGUUAACGUCAAGUCUGAGACGAUUAAUAUUGAUUAAUGUUGUGGAUGAGACUCAAGAAGAUAAGAGAGCCUUGAGGAGGAGUAAGAGAAGUUCUUAAGAUAGCUAUCGGUUUCUAGCCUCUUAAACAGGCUUGCAUGCUUAAUUUUAGUUAUAUAAUGUGUGCUUAUUAUGUAUUAAAUCUAAUAACUUUAGGCUUUAUUGUAGUAAGAACUUGGCUUCCUUGUGUAAUGUUUUGUCUAAUGUUGAAAUGAGUCUGUAUUACGUUUAAUUUCUGAACUGAAUUUGCCUAGCCUUGAUAUUAUCAUCUUA